AUGUCCUUCAGCGAGGAUUUUGUGACGAGCACGCAGGUCAGGGACGAGAGCGACCAGGCCAGGAGGAAGGCACGCAUGAUGGAUGACCCGGAACUAAACGGCAGCUUCUUUGGGGUUCGGGAAAGUGCGAGGGAGGGCGGACCGUUGAUGCCGGGAAACAGUCACCACUCGACCCCCAUUGAAGCGAAAAACAACAAAAACAAGAAGAAUACACUACAGGGCACUAAAAAACGCAAAAUUCCGUCACUUACGUCACCCAGAGAUAAGAAUUCCAACAUCACUACAAGCUUGUCCGAUGAAGAAGAGGAAAUCAAAACAGCAAACCAGGUCACCAAUGAAGAUUACACAAAUGCCAACACACCAGCAAAGGGUAAAUCAAGGGUGGGACAGAUAGACAACCUUCUUAAAGCCUUGACCUCCACCCCACAUGCCAGGUCGGACAGGGUCAAAAAGAUGAAGCUGCCUAAUAGACUGAUUUUUCAACCUCCCGGCAGAAGAACGAGGAAUAGGGAGGCGGCAAUGAGGAGAUUUCAGAGUAGCCGUUUCUGUCCUGUUGAUGACUCAGAGGAGGAGGAGGAGGACAAGGAAGAUGAAGAGGGGAAGAUGGAGGAAGGAGAUGAGGAGAAAAAUGAGAAUCGAAAGGAGAAAACGCAAAGGAGAGAGAAGGAGGAAGAUGAUGAAGAGAAAAUCCAAGAAGAUAAAGAGGAAAUAAAGCAGAAUAGAGAGAAGAAGAGCAAGGAAGAUAACAUAGAAGAAUUACAGGAAACUGAAGAGAAAGACACAGAAGAAGAAGAAGAGGAGGAGGAGGAAGAUGAUGAAGAGAAAAUCCAAAAAGAGGAAGAGGAGAUAAAGCAGAAUAGAGAAAAGAAGGAGAAAGAGCCAACAGAGACAGAGAAGAAGAACAAGGAAGAUAACAUAGAAGAAUUACAGGAAAUGGAAGAGAAAGACACAGAAGAAGGAGAAGAGGAGGAGAAAGUGAUGGAAAUGGAACCAGAGAAGAAGGAGAAUAAAGAGGAGUUACUGAAGGAUGCUGAAGAGGUGGAAGAAGAAGAAGAAGAGGAGGAGGAUAAGAAAGAGGAGUUACUGAAGGAUGCUGAAGAGGUGGAAGAAGAAGAAGAGGAGGAGGAUAAGAAAGAGGAGUUACUGAAGAACACUGAAGAGGUGGAAGAAGAAGAAGAAGAGGAGGAGGAUAAGAAAGAGGAGUUACUGAAGAACACUGAAGAGGUGGAAGAAGAAGAAGAAGAAGAGGAGGAGGAGGAGGAGGAGGAGGAGGAUAAGAAAGAGGAGUUACUGAAGGGCACUGAAGAGGUGGAAGAAGAAGAAGAAGAAGAGGAGGAGGAGAAAGAGAAAUUACCAAAGAACGCUGAAGAGGUGGAAGAAGAAGAAGAAGAGGAGGAGAAUAACACGAUAGAAAUGGAAAUCGAACUUGAGCAAAUUGAGGUGGAAAUCCGAGUUCAACACCGCACCGGAAUCGAAGACGAUCGCCUCAAAAACUUAACAGAAACCUCGGACAACGCAAAACAGAGGAAGAAUGAGAACAAGGAAGAGAAAACGGACAACCAGGAACGAAGGACAGCCAUAGACGACGCAGAGGAAGAAGAGAAGACGAAGGCGAAGAAACAGAGAAGAGGAAGGAGUAGACUUUCAAUACGUAGAAGAACAGAGGAGAGGGAGAUUGACGAUGGGAAGAACAGUAUAAGCGAUGAUGAUGGCAGUAGAAAGGACGGCAUUUUUUGGAAGAAGAGGAUUGUGAAUGACGUAGAGGGCAAGAACGAUGGUGCAAAGGACACUGUAGAUAAUGAGAGAAACAAAGGAGAUGAUGAAUGGCGUAACAGGAGGAGAGGAGGAGGAGGAGAGAACAGAUCAGGUCAUAACGUAAACAAGGAAAUGCACGGAAAUAAGGAGAACGAAAGCUAUGAACGCGACGGAGGAAGAACAAGGGAAGAAAAUGAAGACACAGAAGACAGAACAAGGAAUAAUGAGAAAGAGGAAAAUGAAAAGGAAACUAAGAAUGAGAAGAGAAACAUCAAACAUCAAAACACUCAUAAAAACAGUCCUGAAGGUGAAGAUGAAGGCGAGAGAAGACAGCCAGGGAAAGAAGAUGAUAGAGGUGAUAAAAUUGAGUAUCUACACCUAAGAAGAGGAAGAAGAAGAAGGAAACUCACUGGAAAAAUCGCAAAACAAGUUGACGACAAAAAUGACUCCGCAAAAAACCUUAGAAGAGGGACAAGAAGAAGAUGUCCCACUAAGAAAAUGAUUGAAUAUAAAGAAGAAGAAGAGGUUAGAAGAGAAAUUAGAAGAAGUCCUAGAAAUGUUAGUGGUACAGCGAUGAGGGUUCUCAGAAGGGGGACGAGGAACAGACCUCUUUCCACAGCGCCACAGAAACUUGAAACAGAUAGAACGGAUGAAAUUGAGCUUGGAAGAACAAUCACCUCUCUUUCCACAGCGCCACAGAAACUUGAAACAGAUAGAACGGAUGAAAUUGAGCUUGGAAGAACAAUCACCUCUCUUUCCACAGCGCCACAGAAUCUUGACACGGAAACAACGGAUGAAAUUGAGCUUAGAAGAAGAAUCGGACCUCUUUCCACAGCGCCACAGAAUCUUGACACGGAAACAACGGAUGAAAUUGAGCUUAGAAGAAGAAUCGGACCUCUUUCCACAGCGCCACAGAAACUUGAAACAGAUAGAACGGAUGAAAUCGAGCUUGGAAGAACAAUCAGCUCUCUUUUCACAGCACAACAGGAACUUUACACAGAAAGAAUGGAUGAAAUUGAGCUUGGAAGAACAAUCAGCUCUCUUUCCACAGCGCCACAGAAUCUUGACACAGAAAGAACGGAUGAAAUUGCAGAAAAAGGGUCAGAAUCUAUGUCAAACUCAGAGAAAGGAUCAGAUUCCAUCCCAUCAGGUCCUGGAGGAGGGUCAGAUCCUACGACUGAUGAAGUAAGACACAUGCCUCUCUCCACAGUAGCACAGAAAAUGGAUUCAGAAGGUGAGGGAACAGAAAGAAUUGAAGACUUGAGAAACAGAUGUAGCGUAGCACAGAAGGAAGAGUGCAGUACAGAUGAUGAGGUAGAGUGUAACAAAGAAACAGUUAACAGAUACUCCUCUACAGAAGCACUAAAAGGGACUAGAGAGGAACACAGAAAUAUAGAAACAACAGAAAAACAGAGUACAGAAGGAGAUAAGGGAAUAGAGUGUACCAGAGAAAUGGGGCACAUAUCUCCCUCUACAGAAGCACAGAAGGAUAAAGAAGAAGGUGUGGAGCAUAGCAUGGAAAUAAACAGAAUCCUCGCCCCAGAAACGCAAACUCAGUCUCCGUACGAGCUUGGCGACUGCGGCGAAACUCAACUCGUACUGGAAACGGAAAACCAGAGUGUGUUUAUGGAGCGUACUGCAAACUGGAACAUGGCUACUACUAUUUUUACUACUACUACAAGUGCUACAACAGUGGAUAGUGACCGGACGAGCCCUAACGAACCCCAGACAGAUGCAGGAAACACAAACGAAGCGAAAACGAAAGGAGAAACAGAAAACCUUGAGGAUUACGACACAGACUUAUUUAUUUCGCCUUCACGGAGCCCUUUUCCCUUAUCGCCAGGGCAGAGGGAGGGAGAGAGCGCCUCAUCACACGAAAGCUUUGCCUACGACACCCAGUUCGGACAAGGCUUCUUCCAAUCACAGGAGGAGUCUGAGGCCUAUCUACUAUCGCUUGUCGGAAAGGAACCGCACGACACGACUACCCAACCAGAGUGUGUUAGUGUCCGUUGCAUAGAGGAGCUAAACCACCUUGAACUGACGGAUUUGUACGCUUUUCCGUUCCUUGAAGACAUGCACAGUGCGGGUUUUGAGAUGGAAGAAAAACAUUUGCUGGGAGAAAGUGAUGAUUUUGAUAACAAGACACACGGAACUCCUCCUCCUCUUCUUCCUCCUCCUCCCCCUGGUGACCUUUUAGAACAGUCAUGGAUUCAGGGUUCCGAUAAAGGGUCUGAUCCCACUGUGUUGAGUCCCGAGAGAGGAUCGAACUCCUUAUCAAGUCCGAAGAAAGUGUAUCUGCCUGCGCCAAGUCCAAGGAAAAGGUUAAAAUCUGUAUCAAGGCAGGAGGGAGAGAACUUAGGAUCGGUGAGUCUGGAAAGAGGGUUGGAUUCCCUAUCAAGUCCAAAGAAAGGGUUCGAUCCAACUCUGUUAAGUCUGGAAAUCGGGUCAAAUUCUGCUCCAUCAAGUCCACAAAAAGGGUCUGAUCCCACUGUGUUAAAUCCUGAGAGAGGAUCCAAUUCUCUAUCAAGGUCAAAGAAAGAGUAUCUGCCUGCGCCAAAUCCAAGGAAAAGGUUAAAAUCUGUAUCAAGGCAGGAGGGAGAGAACUUAGGAUCAGUGAGUUUGGGAAAAGGGUUGGAUUCCCUAUCAAGUCCAAAGAAAGGGUUCGAUUCUUCUCCAUCAAGUCCAGAGAAAGGGUCAGAAUCUAUAUCAAGCUCAGAGAAAGGAUCAGAUUCCAUCCCAUCAGGUCCUGGAGGAGGGUCAGAUCAUACUACUACUACUACUACUACUACUCUUACUACUACUACUGCUAUUACUACUACUACAGCUAUUACCACCACCAUCACCACUGCUACGACUAUAGUUAAUGCAAAACAAGAAUCUACAGUAAAGAUAACUUGUAAUUUGGACCCGAAACCACCCACAGAAAACACAGAGAACGUCGAAAUCAAAUUUAAAAACCAAGGAUUUCCAGCAAAGAAAAGAAAAUUGAAACCACUGACAGAACACAUAAAGAACCUUGCAAUUGAACCUCCAGAACAAGAAUCGUCAAAGAAAACACGUGAUUCUAACCUGAAACAAAAGAAAACGUGUGAUUCUAACCUGAAACAAAAGAAAACGUGUGAUUCUAACCUGAAACAAAAGAAAACGUGUGAUUCUAACCUGAAACAAAAGAAAAUGUGUGAUUCUAACCUUAAACCACUGGUGGAAAAUGUAGAGAACUUUGAAGAAGAAGAAUCAGUUGAAAAAGAAUCCAGUUCAGAAAGCGAUACAUCAUGUGAGAGAGAGUUGGAUCCAGAUAUGAGAGAGAGAGAUCCUUUGAAGCUGGAAUCAUUGGCAGAAAGAAUUGAGAAGUUUGAAGAAGGUGAAGAAUUGAGCGCAACAGGAUCCAGUUCUGAAGGUGAUAUGUCAAGUGAAGGAGGAUUGGAACCUGAUAUGGGAGAGAGAGAUCCUUUGAAGCUGGAAUCAUUGGCAGAAAGGAUUGAGAAGUUUGAAGAAGGUGAAGAAUUGAGCGCAACAGGAUCCAGUUCAGAAGGCGAUACGUCAAGUGAAGGAGGAUUGGAACCUGAUAUGGGAGAGAGAGAUCCUUUGAAGCUGGAAUCAUUGCCAGAAAGCAUUGUGAAGUUUGAAGAAGGUGAAGAAUUGAGCGCAACAGGAUCCAGUUCUGAAGGCGAUAUGUCGUUUGAAGGAGGAUUGGAACCAGGUAUGACAGAGAGAGAUCCUUUGAAGCUGGAAUCAUUGCCAGAAAGCAUUGUGAAGUUUGAAGAAGGUGAAGAAUUGAGCGUAACAGGAUCCAGUUCAGAAGGAGAUAUGUCAAGUGAAGGAGGAUUGGAACCUGAUAUGGGAGAGAGAGAUCCUUUGAAGCUGGGAUCAUUGCCAGAAAGCAUUGUGAAGUUUGAAGAAGGUGAAGAAUUGAGCGCAACAGGAUCCAGUUCAGAAGGUGAUACAUCAAUUGAAAGGGAAUUUGAACCAGAUAUAGGAGAGAGAGAUCCUUUGAAGCUGGAAUCAUUAGGAGAAAGCAUUGAAAAGUCUGAAGAAUAUGAAGAAACAUAUGAAAAAGUAUCCAUUUCAGAAGACUGGACCUCAAGUGAAGGAGGAUUGGAACCAGGAAUGAAAGGGAUCGAAACCCAACAUGACGACACAAGCGAAAAGGAAGGAAGCAGAACAUCGAGUGAGGGAGAACUGGACCCAGAAAUGAAAGGAGUCCAAACCCAAAGUGAUUCAAAUGUUAUAGGAGAAGGAGAAUUGGACCCAGAAACAAAAGGGAUCAAAGACAAACAAAAUCGAAGAGAAAAAGGAGAAAACAGAACAUCAAGGGAAGGAGAAUCAAACCCAGAAACAAAAGGGAUCGAAGACAAACAGAAUCCAAGCAAAAAAGGAGAAUCACACCCAGAAACAAAAGGUAUGGGAAACAAACCCCACUCACAACCCACAUCGUCCAGACAACACACAACACCCUACGUAACACCAAGGCCUCACCGCACCCUCCCUCGGCAACACAGGCAACGCAGGAACACCCCACAUGGCCCCAAACCUACGUCCUACCUGGGUGUGAAUCUUUCGACACCCUCCAUGCAGGAUAUCGCCAAGAACGCCUAUUUCAGUACGCCCAACACGCCAUGGAAAGCGAGGAGGCAGAGUAAGCUGGCCUGUCCCUCCUGGUGGCUUGACGAUCUGCCUCUCCCCUCGCAUGUUCCCUCGACAUCUGACACUCACAAAAUGACAAAUGAGGGAGAUUCUAAUGAGGGUAUGCUGUGUGAGUCUCGUGCUGUGCUGUCAAGGAAACGGAAGAAAAUGAGAGAAGACUUACCCAAUAUCUCCGGUCAUUCCUCAAGCAGUAACUCUCCCAGAUUGACAAAUGUGGAGAUGGAUUCCGAUUCGACUGUGCUGUUUGAGUUUCCUGAUGCUGUUCUGUCCGACACAUCAUCAAGGAAAGGAAAGAAAUUAAAGAGGAAAGGCGUACCUCUCCCCUGCGCUCUCUCCGCAACCAGUGACUCGCCACCAUUGACAGAACUGGAGAAAUCAAUGCUAAAAGACCUGCCUCUCCUCUAUGCUCUCUCCUAUACCAGUGCCUCUCCCAGGAACACAGAUGAAGGCACAGAUACAGAUGCGACUGUGCUGUUUGAGUUUUCUGAUGCUGUUCUGUCCGACACAUCAUCAAGGAAGGGAAAGAAAUCAAGGAGGAAAGGCGUACCUCUCCCCUGCGCUCUCUCCACAACCAGUGACUCUCCACCAUUGACGGAAGUGGAGAAAGCAAUGAUUGAAGAGUUGCUUCUCCCCUACACUCGCUCCUCAACCAGUGGCUCUCCCAAGAACACAGAUGAAGGCACGGAUACUGACGCGACUGUGCUGUAUGACUCUCCUGAUAAACAUCCACCAUUGACAAAACUGGAGAAAUCAAUGGUAAAAGACUUGCCUCUCCCCUACGCUCUCUCCUCAGCCAGUGACUCGCCCAAGAACACGGAUAUUGACGAGACUGUACUGUAUAAUUCUCCUAAAAAAACCUAUCCACCAUUGACGGAACUGGAGAAAUCAAUGCUAAAAGACUUGCCUCUCCCUUACAGUCUCUCCUCCACCAGUAACUCUCCCAAAAUGACGGAUGAAGAUGCAGAUACAGAUGAAUCUAUGCUGUAUGAUUCUGUUAAACCACCCUAUCCACCAUUGACAGAACUGGAGAAAUCAAUGCUAAAAGAUUUGCCUCUCCCUUACGGUCUCUCCUCCACCAGUAACUCCCCUAAAAUGACAGAUGAAGACCCAAGUACAGAUGAAUCUAUACUGUAUGAUUCUGUUAAACUGCCCUAUCCACCAUUGACGGAACUGGAAAAGGCAAUGAUUGAAGACUUGCCUCUCCCCUAUGCUCUCUCCUCAACUUGCAGCUCUCCUAAAAUGACGGAUGAAGACACAAGUACAGAUGAAUCUAUGCUGUAUGAUUCUGUUAAACCAUCCUAUCCACCAUUGACAGAACUGGAAAAGGCAAUGAUUGAAGACUUGCCCCUCCCCUAUGCUCUCUCCUCCACCAGUAACUCUCCCAAAAUGACAGAUGAAGACACAAGUACAGAUGAAUCUAUACUGUAUGAUUCUGACAAACCGUCCUAUCCACCAUUGACGGAACUGGAAAAGGCAAUGAUUGAAGACUUGCCUCUCCCCUAUGCUCUCUCCUCAACUUGCAGCUCUCCCAAAAUGACAGAUGAAGACACAAGUACAGAUGAAUCUCUGCUGUAUGAUUCUGAUAAACCGCCCUAUCUACCAUUGACGGAGCUGGAGAAAUCAAUGCUAAAAGAUUUGCCUCUCCCUUACGGUCUCUCCUCCACCAGUAACUCUCCUAAAAUGACAGAUGAAGAUGCAGAUACAGAUGAAUCUAUACUGUAUGAUUCCGUUAAACCACCCUAUCCACCAUUGACGAAACUGGAGAAAUCAAUGGUAAAAGACCUACCUCUCCCUUACGGUCUCUCCUCAACCACUAACUCUCCCAAAAUGACGGACGGAGACACGGAUACUGACGAAACUCUACUCUGUGACUCUCCUGAUGAACCACGUGAUUCACCAUUGACAGAACUGGAGAAAUCAGUGGUGAAGGACUUGCCCCUCCCUUCCCUUCCCUUCCUGACAAACAGAAACAUGGCAGACAGAAACACAGACACUCAUAAUGUAAUGCCGGGUGAGGAAUUAAGGGAAAAGAACAAAAUUGAGCUCCCUUCUUCUAACCAAGACUCAGAUGCAACUACAAAGGGAUCCAGGAACUCAACACCCUCUGACUCUGGACUGGAUGCUAAUAGGGCGGUCAUAGAGGAUUUGAUAAGGGAUUGGAUGAGUGAUAAGUCUCUCCGUAGUGGGAAUCCGAGCCUAGCACCAUCGCCAGAGAGAAGUGAGGCAUCGGAGAGAGAAGAACUUGACCGCAGCAACAGAAAUGACGGAGACGUAACAGAAGAAAAGUCCGAUAAAAAUAAAAACAAAGAAAAUCAUCCAUGUACCAACCAAGGAGAGAGAGAGAGACCAACCACUGACAACCAUACAAAUGUUACCAACUUAGAACUCACACCCGCAAGGAACGUACACCAGGACACUGUUACCAAUACCACCCCGUACACCGUGGAGACCGUCUGGCAUUCGGAAACGUCCCUCACCGUAAGAACCGUAAGACGCAAAUUCACAAACCCAGGCAUGCAAGACGUGACCCGACAUGACCCCCAACCCAGCAAGAGGUGGAAGACUGAGGGAGGAGGUGAACGGAGGAUGGAAAAUGAGAGCGUAAGAUGUGAUAAUGAGGGAAGAAACUCUGAUGGUGAAAGAACGGCAAAAAUGAGGAAAAACAAGCUUGAUAGUGACCCAGAAAGUGACGAUACAAGCUGUGAAGGUGAACGAAGAAUGAAAAUGAGGGAAAGAAGGUGUGAGAGUGAGGAAGGGGGCGCAGAGGCAGGGAAUACAAGCUCUGAUAGUGAACGAAAGGCAAAAAGGAAGGAAAUGCAUGAGAGGGAGAACUGGGAGACAUCGGAGAGGGACAAAACUAGCCAUGAGAGUGACCAAGGACGGACGAAAAGAAAGAAACGGAGGCGACAUGGUGGAAAACGGGAAAUGGCGACACAAAACACCAGCUGGGAAAGUGGAACGCAAACAAAAACAAGGCAAGAAAUAACAGAGAGAGGGAAGACAAGUUACGACAAUGGGAAGGAAACUAACUUGACGAACAUUAGCCAUAUCAGAAAAUGGGAGACCAAGAAACAAAAUACCAGCUGUGAAAGUGAAGCGCAAACCAAAACAAUAAACGAAAUAACCAGGAGGGAUAAUAGACGUUACGACCGCAGAAAACUCGCACCCUCGACCAACAGAACCCUGGACAGUACCCUUGGCAGCUCCUCCGAUCGCAGCUUCACCGUCACAGUAUGCAAUAAGGUCAAGAGGCUGAGCGACAUUAAAAUCACCCUCUGUGAAGACUCCGAGGCCGAGGAGAGCGGGUCAAAGGACGGCGAGAUCAAAGUGAAGGUGCAGUUUACCGAGCAACCUGAGAUGACCCUAGAUGGAGGUCAGGUUAGCGGUGAUGGUGCGGAUAGGUUAGGGAUGGUGACCUCGACCCCUCUCGUGACCUCAGCUAGCGUAAGAAGGAAGAGGUUGGUCGGGGAUAGUGUUGAAGAUGAUGAUAGUUGAGGAUAAGAUAGUUAGGGUGGUGAAGAUGAUUGUGUUUGUGAUUGUUGUUGUUGUUUUGUUAUUGUUUUGUAUUUUUUU